GGCGUGCGGACGCGCACAAAUACCACACACACUUACACAAACGGACACACACUCCCACACAAGCGCGGACCCCUAUUCAAAGAGGGCGGGGCUUGUCACGCCAUGCUGCGGCGUCCCCCCCCGGAUGCGUUCACAGUCCCCGGCCGUUCUCCCGAAGACGACGAGGCGAUCCGUCUGCCGCCCGCUUUCUACGUUUUGCUCGUUUGGUGUUUCGAUGGCGCGGUUGCCGCUCGGGGCGGUUAUCGUGGCGGUUCUGCUCUGCGCGCGCACGCUCCAGCAGACGCCGCCGACUGACAAAAGCGUCCCGGAGAAAACCACCGUCCAAAACCUUCCGGAACCAUCCGCCGGCUGGCACCGCGCGAGCGCGAAUGCGCCUCAGGUGGGAAAGGAAAACGGGAGCCUAUCGGAGGACGAGCUGACUCGAGUGCUGGACGAAAUUGAGCAGGAAAACGUCAUCACCGAAGAUGACGAGAGCUUUCAGGAAGUCGAGGACUUGGAGCCGCUCCCCCUCGGUUGCCGCGCCGACGCCUUGGGUGAGUUGAGCGCGGCCCUUUGCGCUUCGCCGUUUGAGCAGCAGAUGGCGCCGCUGAAGGCGGACGCGCGCUGCGUGCUGGACAACGUCAUCGGUGCCUACAACCAGCUGAGCGUCUGCCUGGAGGAGCUGUCCCACUGGUGCCGCUGCUACUACCCCAACGCCGCCGCCCACUCGGCCUUCCUGCGCGUCCACUCGGCCUAUUUCGCGCACUGCCCGCCGCAAGAGGGCCACCUGGAGGACGCGCCCCGCCGCCUGGUCCUGGGUCUCACGCUGGCGCCCGUCGCCCUCGUCCCGCUGCUGGUCUACGUGGUGGCCCGGUGGAGCGGCCGCGCGGAGCCGAAUGCGGACCGAUGAGCGCAAAAUGAUGUCACUGCCAUCGAAGCGAUUAAAAAAAUUAAAAUAAAUGUGACACCUAAUUUUUUAGGGCGGGUCACCAUUUUGGAGUCGGGGUUGAUUGUUCAGCGGUGGCUUUUGAGUCAUCGUGAUGUUCCAGAGGCGAUUUUGAGGUUGUGGCUUUUUCAUUUGUGUGCUGUUUUGAGUGGUUUUCAAGUCGCUUGUUAUUUUUUUCAGUUGUGAAUUUUGAAUUGUGGCGGUUUUUGUUUUGUGGCUUUCGAGUGAAGAUUUUGGCUUGGUGAGCAGUGUUUUCUUUGAGUUCAGAUUUCGGAGGGUUUUGAAGUCAUGAUUGUCGAUUUGAGGGAUUAUUUUGAGUCCUAAUUUUUAAUUUGUAGCUUUUGAGUCAUUUUGGACUUGUGCUGUUUGAUUGAUGGGUUUUGUGUAGUUUUUGGAGGUGGUCGGUUUUUGGGGGUUUUUUUUGUAUUCAGGAUUUUUUUUUUUUUUUUUUUAGUGUGAUGGUGUUUUUAGUUUUGUACUCGUUUGAGUCAUCAUUUCCGAUUUGUGAUCUCUGA